AUGUCCAACGCUACCCAAUUCGAGGCGGACUAUAGUGAACUGUCAGCUGACAUCACGGCUAAAAUAGGACGAAUACCCAGUUUAUUUGGCAAAGACAAACAUGACAUGGUUGGGGAGGUUGAGGGAUUGCUGGAGGAAGCUAAAGAUUUAAUAGACCAAAUAGAGGUUGAGAGUCACGCUGCAACCGGAGAUCAGCGCAGACAGAUCACGAUGAACGUAGUGAACUACAAACGGGACUACGAAACCCACGUCAAGAAUCUGAGAAAAGCUAGGCUCUCAUACACUGACGAGUCUGAGCAGAGGAAUGAGCUGCUCGGAAAUGAACACAAAAACACGAUGACAAACAACUCGGAGAAACUGGAGAGAUCAUCUAAACGUCUCGAGGAUGGUUAUCGUAUGGCCAUGGAGACGGAAGAGAUCGGACAAAACGUGCUGAACAACCUCGCUCAAGAUAGGGAGAAGAUAAAUAACGCUAGAAACAGGUUGAAUAACGUAGACAGUACACUAACACAAAGUUCCCGCCUCCUGAACAACAUGUACCGACGAGUGAUACAGAACAAAGCCAUGAUGUUUGUUAUCGGAUUAAUUAUCGUAGUGAUCAUCGUGCUUGCUUUAUACGGCAUGUUUAAAUAA